AUGAGAAUAAGAAAAACAUGGUGUACAUUAUGUCGUGAAAAUUUUGAAGAUGGGGAUGAUUGUAUUUGUUGUAAACAAUGUAAAAAAAAGUUUCAUAGAGAAUGUUUACAAGCAGAAGGGUUAAUAGAUUCGGAGCAAUUAAAAGAUGUAAAAAAUUAUAUAUGUUAUCAAUGUAUGAACGAAGAGGAUGAUACUCCUGAAAAUGAAGAUAGAUGUAAAAUAUGUCGUGAAAAAUCUUCAAAUUUAAUUUUAUUAUUAUGUGAUGGAUGUCCUAAUAGUUACCAUGUUAGUUGUUUAGGAUUACAAACAGAACCCGAAUCUGAAAAAUGGUAUUGUCCAGUAUGUAAGCCAGAAGAACAUAAAAAUUUAGAUAUUAGAAGAAUGAGAAAAGGAUUUGCAAUAGAUAAUAUGAAUGGAGAUCAUGUAAAUUCUUCAAGUUGUUAUGUAUGUCAACGACCUGGUAAAUUAUUAGGAUGUGAUUUUUGUCCAAAUUCUUUUCACCCCACUUGUUUACCAGAUCUUGAUUUUGAUAACAUUUCUGAUCAAUGGGAAUGUCCAUGUUGUAAAAAUGAAGAUCCAUUACUAAAUCAGGGACAUAAAAGAUGGACUAAAAACGAGAUUCAAGAAAUUAUGAAAAAAAGACAAAAAGAAUUAAAUUUUUGGCGAUCUCGAAUUAUAAAAUAUAGAAAUAGAUUUUUAUUAGCACAUAGAAAAGAUUUACAACCAUUUGUGAAUCCAAAAGUUUUUGCAAAUUUAACAAAAACAUUUAAGAAUGAUUUUUAUGCUUCAAAAUGUAAUAAUUCAAAUAAAAAAGGAGGAAAAAAUGAUUCUGGAAAAGGAACCAAAAUAACAUCUAUUAAUAAUAAUUCCUCAAAUAAUGGAAAAAAAUCUCUUAAUUUAGAUUCUAAAGAAUUUGAUGAAUAUAUAUCAUCAUUAGAAGAAGAAGCAAAUCAAAAUGCAAACAAAUUUAUAGAAUCUGUUUUUCUUAGUGUUUAUCAUCCUAAUGGUAAAAAAAUAGAAAGACGACCUCUUGUAGAUAAUGUACAAUUAAAACCUCAUCAAGAAGAUGGGGUUGAAUGGCUAUUAAAAUCAUUUUUAACUGGUGGUGCUAUAUUAGCAGAUGAAAUGGGAUUAGGAAAAACUAUACAAACUUUAUGUUUUUUAUCUUAUUUAAAAUGUAAUAAAAUAGAUGGUCCCAAUUUAAUUGUUGUUCCAUUAUCUACUGUUGGUAAUUGGCUUCGAGAAAUUCAUAGAUUCACUCCACAUCUAACAUGUAUAAAAAUUUGUGGUUCUAAAAAUGAAAGAACCCAUGCUAAAGAAGACAGAUUAGCAGAAAAAGGGUUAUAUGAUUUAUAUGUAACUACAUAUGAAACUGUCAAAAAUGAAGAAGAAUUUUUUGUAGAAACUAUUCCUAAGUGGCAAUGUAUCGUUUUAGAUGAAGCACAUCGAAUUAAAAAUCAAGGAGGAGCAAUAAGACAUUCAAUGGACAGAGUUGUAGGAAAUAUGAGAUUACUACUUACUGGUACACCUCUUCAAAAUAAUUCAGCAGAAUUAUUUACAUUAAUUAAUUUUAUGUUUCCAGAUAUUUUUAAAAAUUCUGAAAUCAUUGAACAAGCUUUUAUUAACACACCAUCUACAUCUGGAAAUUCAAAUAACAAUAAUGAAAAUAAUGGAAAUAGUGGAAAUAGUGGAAAUGGUGGGAAUGGUGGAAAUAGUAGUAGUAAUUAUAAAUUAAAUGUUAAUAUAGGUAAUAUAGAUUUAAAAUCUUCAAUUAAAGAAGAAGAUUUAAAAGCAAUUCGAUGUUUAUUAGAUAAAAUAAUGUUAAGACGAUUAAAAGAACAAGCUAUAACAUUACCUCGAAAAAUAUUUCAUGAUAUAUGGUUGCCAUUGGGAAGUUUAUCAGCACAUUGGUAUAAAAGAUUGUUAGAUAUUAGAUCAAUGGUUGAAGAAAAGGUAAGUGUAAAAAAAUUAUUAGGAUUAGUUAUAAAAAUGAGAAUAAUUUGUGGACAUCCAAAAGGAAUAGUUAGUAGACCAUCACAGAUGGAAAAGUUAUUUGGAUUUUUUGAGGAAGAAAGUGAAGAAAUAAAAGAAGAAGUUAAAAAAGAUGCAAUAAAAUUAAAAAAUAUAUCAGGAGAAGAACAUAUAGAAUCUUCUUCAAAAUUGAUUUUUAUAGAUAAAUUAUUAUGUCAAUUACAUUAUGAAAAUUGUAAAUAUGUUAAAAAUUAUGCAUCUAAUUUUGAUAAACAUAAAAAAGAAGUUGCUAUAUAUCAUUAUCAUAAAAUGCAAGAACAAAAUCAAUCACAAAAAAAAAAAAGAGAACAUAGUGGUAAGUUAAAAAAAACAGAAGCUUUAGAAAAUUCUCCAUUAUUUAUGGAAAUAUAUAAUAAAGGUAAAUUAGAAUUAAAACCAACAUCUAAAGAUGAAGAUAAAUUAAAAAGUUUUAUGCAUACUGUUUCAAUCGAUAAUGAAUGUCCAUAUAAAAAAAAAAGAUGUAUAUAUGAUAAAAUAAAAGAAAUGGUUAAAAAUAAAAAUAAUGCCAAAUUUAAUCAAAAUAAUUUAUAUUCUUUAAAAAACCCUUCUAAAGAUUUUUCGGAAUUUCACUAUAAAGAAAAUGCAGAACCCAGUGAUGAUGAAAAUAAAACCAAAAAUGGAAAUAAAACGGAUGAAGAUGAGGAUGAAGAUGCGGAAGAGGAGGAGGAAGAGGAAGAGGAAGAAAAUGAAGAGACUGGCGAUGACGAAUGUAAUAAUUAUAGUGAAAAAAAUAAAAAAAAUAAAAAAAAUUUAAAGCAAGUAUUUCCCGAUGAGGACAGCAAUGACGAAAAGGUUGAAAAGGUUGAAAAGGAUGAAAAUGUGGAAAAUGUGGAAAAAGUCGAAAAGGUUGAAAAGGUUGAAAAAGAUGAAAAUGUGGAAAAAAUUGAAAAAGAUGAAAAAAUUGAGCAGGGCGAAAAUAAAGAUUCUGAAGAAAAGACCCGAGGUUUAGAUAAUUUGAGAAACGAAAGUGGAGGGAUAAAUAGUAAAAACAUAGUUACAUUAGGAAAAAAUUGUAAAAUUAUAAAUAUAAAAGAAUUUUUUAAAAGUGGAAAAGAAGCAACUAAUGGUGAAGGAAAAGCAAGUGUAAGCCCAACAGAACAAGUAUCUAAGAAUGAAAAUUUAGAAAAGGUAGAAGCAGAUUACAUUAAAAAAGAAUACGAAGGAGAUACUAUAAGUACAAUACAUUUAAAUAAAAGUGAUACUGAAGAGAAAAUGAUGCAAAUAGGAGAAAUAAAAGAUGAAAAAAAUGAAGAAAUAGAAAAAAAUAAUAAUAAUAAUAAUAAUAAUAAUACAAUUAGUGUAAAAAAAGAAGUAACUAUUAAACUUCCUUUUACAAGAUCAAAUUCUAAUAAUGAAGAAGGAGAGAAUGCAUCUAAAACUGAAGCUAAAAUGCAUAAAGUUUUAAUUUUUACUCAAUUUCAAUUAGUAUUAGAUGAAUUAGAAGAAUAUUGUAAAUAUAGAUGUUGGAAAUAUAUGAGAUUAGAUGGUUCAACGAAUAAAUUAAUAAGAGAAUUAGAUAUUAGAGAAUUUAAUUUAUCUGAUAGUAUCUAUUUUAUAUAUUUAAUUAGUACUAGAGCAGGUGGUUUAGGUAUUAACUUAACAGCUGCAAAUCAUGUUAUUAUGUAUGAUGAAGAUUGGAACCCUUUUAUAGAUCUUCAAGCUAUUGAUAGGGCACAUCGUAUUGGACAAAAAAGAGAAGUAAAUGUUUGGAAAUUAAUGACAGAAUGGACAGUUGAGGAAAGAAUGGCAUUUAGAAGAGAACAAAAAUUAAAAUUAGAUAAAUUAGUUGUUCAAACACAAGAAGAUGAAGACAUGUUAGAUACUUUUGAAGAAAAAUUAUCAUCAGAUGAAAUUCGUAAAUUAAUGUUACAUGGAAAAGCUGCAAUACAAAAUAUGGAUGUUGAAAGUACUCUUGAUUUACCACUUGAAUUUUUUAUAGAUAGAGGUCGAAGAAAAUUACCAAUUAUUAAUGGUAUUGAUUUAGAAAAAGAAGAAAAAAAUACAAUUGAGCAAGAAAUUAAAAAUAUAAAAGAGAUAGGGAAUCAACUUAAUACAAAUGAUGAAGAAAAUAUUUAUGUACAAAAGGAAAAUUAUAUUAGUGAUGAUGAUGGUAAAGAUAAUAAUAAUAAUUAUUAUGAUAAUGGAAUUGAUAUGGAUGAAAUGUUAGUAGAAGAAACAGAAGAAUUACUUGAUCAAGGUCAAAAUAAUAAUGGAUUGGGUUCUUUUUAUGAAGAUGGUAAUAAUGAUCCUAAUUCUACAAAUACAGAUGCAAUUAAACAAGAUAAAGAACAGAAUGGAAGUAAUAAUUCUGGAACUGGAUUAAUAUCACAAUAUUCAUCAAAUAAUAAUGGAGGUGAUUCUACAUUAUGGAGAUCAGUUAGAGAACGAAAAAAACCACAAAAUAUGUAUACCCCAGAAUAUUGGGGAAGAAAACAAGAAGUUAAACAAAUAAAACAUGAAGGUAGAUGUUUUAUAUGUAAUAAUACAAAAAAUUAUAAAACAAUUGUAAAAGAUCGAAAUAAUAAUGAUAUUGAAAUUGAUUAUGGUGAUAUGAUAAAUUGUUUUAGAUGCCCUAAAACAUAUCAUAAAUUAUGUGAAGGAAUAAAAGAUGAAGUUGUUAAAAAAACAUGGACAUGUAGUUGGCAUGAAUGUUGUUUAUGUUUUAGAAAAUCUUCUCAAUGUGGAAAUUUAUUAAUACAUUGUGCUACAUGCCCUACAAGUUUUUGUUAUAGUUGUUUUCCACCAGAUUAUACACGAUAUUAUGUUGGUGAAGAAUAUUAUCAUAAUUUAAGACAAAGAGGUGUUAAUUUUAAUGCACAAAAUUGGGUAUGUUUUUUAUGUUCUAAAUGUAAAGCCGUUGAAGAACAAAAAAAACGAAGAAAAAUGACAAAAGAAGAAAGAGAAAAUGAAAAACAAUUACAAAAAGAAUUAAGAAGUCAAUUACAUGGUAGUAAACAAGAAGAAAUUGAAACAAAAAAAAGAAAAAAAGCACAACAAUUAGAAAGAGAUAAAUUUAUUAUAGAAAAUAGAAAACGUAUUGAUGCUUUGGAUAAAAAAUAUGAAACCCAAUUAAGAAAUGCAUAUGAAAAUUUAUUUCCUCCAAAAUUUAUUAAAGAAUUAAUUAACAGAAUUGAGCAAGCUAAGCUUUUAAAACAAAAAGGUGGUACAACACCCGAUGAUGAAAAUAAUACAUCUAAAGAAUUGUUAUCAAAAAAUCAAAAUUCAAAAGAUUCAGAUAAUAAUAAUAAUAAUAAUAGUAGUAGUACACCAAAAGAUUCAAUAAAUAAAAAAAAAUCAACAACAUUUUUACAUACUAAAUUACCAAAUAAAAUUUUAGUUUUAUGUGAAAAUUGUAAAUUGCCAUGUCAUGCAAAUUAUAAAUAUCCAGGAAAUUGUUGUUAUCCUUUAGAAUUGGAUAAAUCAUAUUUUUAUGCAAAUUCCUCAUUUAGUCAGUCAGCAAAUAAUAAAGAAAAUAAAAAUAUAAAUGGAGACAAUAUAAGAUCUGGUGCUAACGGGUCAAGUUUUGGUCAAUAUCAGGGUUCUUCUACUACAUUGGUGGAUAAAGAAGGUUCAACUCAAAAAAAUAAUUUUAAAGAUGAUAAUAUGAAUGAAAUUGGUCAGAAUGGGAACCAAAUAAAAGAUGAAGAGGAUGAGGAAGAGGACGAAAAGGAAGAGAAUGAUAAGAAUGAUAAGAAUGAUAAAAAUGAUAAAAAAUUAUCUAUUAUAAAUGAAGAAGACGAAGAAGAAAAAGAAAUGAAUACGACUGGCCAAUCUAAUUUUAAUAAUGAUGAAAACUCAGCUAAUAAUAAUAACCAAAAAAGUUUUCAUGAAAAUAGUAAUGAAAAUAAAAAUGAAGGAAAUAUAAAUGAUAAUGAACAAUGUGGUGAAUCACCAAAUAAUAAUCAAGACAAUAGUGGAAAAGCCAAAACAAGACGAUUUUUAAGAGCUGUUUGUUCAAAAUGUGGAACAGUUCAACUUGGUAAAUUAGCUCAUUUUAGAAAACAUUGUGAUAAAUUAACUGAGGAAGAAAAAAAAGAAUAUGAUGAUAAAAGAGAAAAAUUAAAACAAUUAAUCGAAUUGCUUAACACAAAAAAUAUACCUGAUGAACAUACAGAAGAGGAAUAUAAAAAUAUGUCAAUUUUUAAAUUUAAAAGUUUGUAUAGUAAUUUUCAAGAUAAAGCAGAUAACAUUUUAGAGGAUUGUAUUCGUGAAAUGAAAUGGGAUAUGCUUAUAUCUACAAAAAAAAAAACAGUAAAAAAAGAAAAAGAAAGUAAAAAAAAUAAUAAUAAUAAUAACAAUGGUGGAAAUGGAGGAAUGGGAAAUAGUAGUGGUAACAGUAGUAGUAGAGGAAAAAGUAAUGGAGAAAAAGAUGGAGAGAAAAGAGGAGGAAAUAAUAAUAUAUCUUCAAAAUCUAAUAUAGCACAAUUAUUAUAUAAAAAUGCAUUGAUCAAUUCAUUAAAUAAAGAAGGAAAAGAAUUUAUUGAAAUUAUUAGUGAUAAUAUGACACCCGAAAUGAAAGAACUGUUAAGUCGAGAAUUAUCAUCUAUGAAAGGAAAAAGAAAAAAAGUUAUAAAUAAGAAUACUAUAAAAAGUAAAAAAAUUAAAGGAAAUAAUAAUGAAGGAUGGGAUGAAGAAAAUAAUUAUACAAUAGAUGAUGUAAUGUUAAAUCGACAUAAUAAUGAUAAAUUAAAUGAAUUAAAAAAAAUAAGUUCUAAUAAUAAUAAUAAUAAUUUAAAUAUAUAUCAUGAUAGGUUGAAUAAAGAUAAUCAAAAUGAACAUUUUACAUUAGAUUCUUUUAAUGAUGAUUUUUUGCAUAAAGCUAAAGAAUUUUUAAGAAUUACAAAAAAAAAAAUAAUUAAUAAUGGAUUUUCUGAAUCCACAAAUAUAGGAAAUGUAUUAAAUUCAGGAGAAAAAGAUCAUAAUACAGAUAUUGAAAAAUCAAUUAUUCAAAAUUAUAUAAAAAAAAUGAAAAAUUCAUUAAAAAAUAAUCAAAUUAAUUCUAAAAUUAUAAAUGAUUUAAAUUUUAAUAAACAACAUCAUAUAAAUAGUUAUGAUCAUAGAUCAAGUUCAAAUUCAAGAAUUGAUGUUUACAAAAAUUGUUUUGAUAGAAAUAAUAAAUAUCAUAUUCAAGGCUCUCAUAGUAAUUAUCGAAUUAAUCGAGGAGGUAGUGGAGAGCGCAUCAAAUUUGAUGUUGCCAAUGAUCACAAUAAUAGUAAUAAUAAUAAUAACAAUAGAAUAUUUGCUCCAAAAUCGGGGAUAGGAAAUAAAAAUUUCCACUUUUCAGAUAUAAACGACUUUAGCGUUGACAUAUUUAACAUCGACAAGAACGUUAAGCACAAAGAUGACCCUGUGGAUUACGACAUAAAAAAAAUAACAAACACAUCAGAAAAUACCGGAACAAAUAAAGUACACGAAUAUAUAUUAUAUCGAAAAAAAAAAAGUAACAGUAAAAGUCAUCAUGGAUAUGAUGAUGGUAACAGUUCUAAUUAUAGCGGUAUGGGUAAACAGGAUAAUAUACAUAAUAAAUAUGAUAAUAUUGAAAAUAUAAACAAAAGUGGAAAAAUAAAUAUGGAAACACAAAUGAAUAUAAAAAGAUCUUCAAAUUCAUCAAGUGAUAGAAUAAAACAAUUAAAUCUGAAUGAUGUUAAAAGUUUUUUAAUAAAUGCUGAAAGAAACUAA